ACCAGUCGCCAUGGCCAGAACCAAGCAGACCGCUCGUAAGUCCACCGGAGGCAAAGCCCCCAGGAAGCAGCUGGCCACCAAGGCCGCCCGGAAGAGCGCCCCGGCCACCGGCGGAGUGAAGAAGCCUCACCGCUACAGGCCCGGUACCGUGGCUCUGAGGGAGAUCCGCCGCUACCAGAAGUCCACGGAGCUGCUGAUCCGCAAGCUGCCCUUCCAGCGGCUGGUGAGAGAAAUCGCUCAGGACUUCAAGACCGACCUGCGCUUCCAGAGCUCCGCCGUCAUGGCCCUGCAGGAGGCCAGCGAGGCUUACCUGGUGGGGCUGUUCGAGGACACCAACCUGUGCGCCAUCCACGCCAAGAGGGUCACCAUCAUGCCCAAAGACAUCCAGCUGGCCCGCCGCAUCCGCGGGGAGAGAGCUUAGACCGUCUCCCCUGUAACCACAACGGCUCUUUUAAGAGCCACCAACAUCAACACUAAAGAGCUGCUUUUCCUUUUAGUAUAUAACGUGAAAAAUGCACCUUUGUCUGUCCUGUCCUAAUUAGCAGACCAGGCUAUCUUGGUCUGAAGCCUUUUUUAAUA